AUGACCGAGGAUCAUCGAGGCAAGGUGCCAAGCUGGGAUGGGGAUCCCAAGACUUGGCGGACAUACAGGCGGAAGGCCCUCCAGUACCAGGAGGGCACCAAGAGGGAGGACCGGUACCUGUGCGGCCCGCGGCUGGAGGCGAAGCUCACGGGCCGGGCCGAGAUCGCGGUCGAGCGCUGCAAGGCUGGGUGGCUCUCCAGACCAGAUGGCGUGGAGAGGCUCCUGGCGUGGCUGGAGCGCAGAUGCUCUCGACAAGCCGUGCCAGACGUAGGCCAGGAGCUCGAGACGUUCUUGAUCAAGACGAAGCGCCGCAAGCUCGAGCCAAUGCAGCAGUGGACGGACCGCUUCGAGACAGGGUACCAGUACCUCAGACGCGCGCUGGCACGCGCGCUGGGACACACAGUCCCGGUCCAGGUCGCUCCAGCGUGGAAGUGGACAGGGCGACCAUACCGCUGGGUCGAGGUCGAACGUGGCUGGCCAUUCGAGGGUAGCGAAUGGACAUGGGAGUACACGGACGGCCUGCCAGACGAUGAGAAAGAGGACUCACACCUCUGGAGCGCUGCUGACCAGGAUGCGGACGCCGAGGAGGAGCUCGGGGACAUGCCAGAAGUGUUCCCGAGCCUGGUCCUGGGCUGGUUGAUGCUCGUGGGGUCAGGCCUUGACUCGCGCGAGCGGGCGGCCAUCAUGACGGCAACCGGCGGCUCGCUGGAGGUCAACGCCAUCCGGGAGAAGCUGACCUCGAGCUGGGAGGACGAUGACCUGGCGGAGCGUGAUGGGCACUCACGGUUCCCGAAGGCGUACACGGCCCAGCUCGGAGAAGAUGAUCGCACAUGGCUUGACGGAGAUGAGGCACCAGAUGCGAGCAGCUUCGCGGCCGACAUGGAGAACAGCGAGUGGCAGGAGGAAGAACCAGGCCCAGAGGAGGCGAACGAUGAUGACAUCGAGAGCUACUUGGCGGCUCAGCAGGAGGAGGCGGAGGCGCUCGCGGCGAUCCACACCGCCCAGCGUACCCUCCGCCAGGCUCGAGAAGCUCAGGCAGACAGCAGGCUGAGCAGGGGCUUCUACAGGGGAGGCACGCCAGACGCGAGCGCGAAGGUGGCAGAGCGCAGAAAGGAGCUGAAGUUCAACCUCGUGGCCUCGCUGGUCGCCGAGCAGGAGCCCCGGGAGUCGGAGUGCGAGGCGAUGUUUGCGGACCAGGCCAUCCUCGAGGGCAAGGGCAUCGUCGACUUAGGGUGCACGGACGCCAUGGGUGGUGAGCGCGCCCUGGACAUCGUGGCCCGCAAGAACUUGGAGAAGUAUGGCGACACCCGGCUGCUGGACGUGAACCUGGACUACAGGCCAGUCUACAGCUUCGGGAAUGGCGAGAAGGAGCGCGCCUACGGACAGGUGAAGUUCGGCAUCACGGGCGCGGGCGCGGAAGGCGACAUCGCCAUCAACGGUUUCUCGAAGGAUGUCCCGAUCCUGGUGUCCAAGAAGGUGCUGAAGAAGCUCGGGGCCGUCGUGGACUGCGAGACUGGGGUGGCCGUGUUCGUGAAGCUCGCGCCGGACAUCCCCGUGCAGCUGGAGGAGUCACCUGACGGAGGCCACUACUACCUGAGCCUGGUCGACGACCUGCUGGAGCAGCGCGUCAAGGACCAGAGCCAGCUGCGGAACUUCAAGACCAUCUGCGAGAGCAUGCGUGAGUGGGACCGCCAGCCCGUGGCCGCAGUGUGCCAGGGGCCGGACAGCAGCUCGGAUGACCGGGCUGAGCAGUUGGAGCGCUACAUGUAUCCAUCUCAAUCCGAUCACAGCAUUGUCACCGAUGCGUCUCCAGUUGCUUCAGCAGGAUCGCAUGCUCGUGCGGUGCGACCACUCCAGAUGCCAACGUCUCGCAGUGCAGUACAGGGCCUCUACAAAGCGGAGGUGCUCCACUUACUUCAGGAGCUUGGCCUACCGCGCAGUCCGGCCUGGGGCGUGGACGAGCUGAAGCAGGUCCUCAAGGAGCACAUGUUUCCGAAGGGCGAGACGCCAGUGCAGACGGCCAUGAAGGGUCUCAGCUCGAUGAAGAAGUCCCAGCUCUUGGCGAAGGCAGAGGAGGUAGGCGCCCACGUGACACAGGGCAUGACGAAUCCGUCACUCAAGCUCUCGAUCCGCAAGGCCAUCCUCAUGAAGCAUACAUUGGAGCCGACCGACUACAUGGGUUUCGGGAAGCACGGAGCCAUGACCUACCAGCAGGUUCGGAGCCAGUACCCAUCCUACGCAGCCUGGUGCCAGAAAGAGGAGAUCAUCGACAAGAAGGCCGGGGUGACCAGGGCUCCGAAGGAGGUCCCGAGAGAGCCGGACAAGGCUCGAGGGGGCGCGAGGUCAUCCCGCAGGAGAACGGUCGACGCGAUCAUGGAGGACGAGAUCGAGGAGCAGGAGAAGCUCGAGGCUGCGAUCAAGGUGCAGAAGGAGGAGAAGGAGUCCAACCGCUUGGUCCAGGAGCAGAUGCUGACGGCGCUGAACCAGCUCAACCAGAGGCUCGGCCAGCUGGAGGGCCAGGAGCUGGACCCCAGGAAGCAGCGCUGGCUUGCCAAGUGCAUCCAGGAGAGCGGCCACGUUGAGGACUACGAGGCGCUGAUGGCCCACGGCAGUACCAAGUUGAUGGAGGUCGCGUGCAGCCCGACAUCCAUCCUGAGCACUAAGAUGGCGGAGAAGUUCGGCGAGGACGCUGUAUGCCGCAUCGGUGCGUGGAACGGUUUCAAGCUGGGGACACCUGGCGGCAACCAGAGGGCUCGGGAGGGACGUGAUGAGGCUGAACCAGACCACCGGUGGAUCAGUACGAGGUGCGGCCCCCUGUCUACCCUCACCCUCGGCUUCAACGGCUCCAACCCUAUCAGGGCCGAGGCCACCAGGAAGCGCAGGUUGCAAGCCAUCAAGGAGUACAAGGGCGCGGUGCAGUUGGUGUAUGACCAGGUGGCUCAAGGCAAGCAUGUACACUGGGAGUGGCCCAUCAAGUGCGAGGGCUGGGGCCACACGAUGAUCAGGAAGAUGGUGGAGGACUGCUCCAUGACGGUGGUGAAGGUGGCAGGCUGCCAGCUCGGCGUGAAGGGCGGGAAGGGCCUGCCGCUGUUGAAGGAGUGGCUUAUCGCUACGACGUCUCCAAAGAUGGCAGAGAUCACCGACAUGGGGAGCUCACAGGAGGCAGUCUGA